AUGAACAGGCCGCGGCGCGGCAUGCUCUGGAAGGGAAAAGCCACCUGCUCGGGUGGUGACUGUCAGGUGGCCUGGCGUGAUAUGUGCCGCUCGCGCGAGGAGGGAGGCCUGGGCGUUCGUGACCUCCACUGUCAGAACGUAAGCCUCCUCCUGAAGUUCGUGCACAAGCUGUUGCGCGGCGACGACACUCCUUGGACGCGGUGGGUUCGCCGAUGGUAUGGCCUUGGAGGCAUCUCCAGUCCACCCUCGCCGACGGACACCCCCAGCUGGCGCGCCUUCAAGCGUGUCUUCUCCAUAUACCGUGGCCUCACCAAGGUGAAAGUAGGGGAUGGCUCGACGACCUCCUUUUGGUUUGACAACUAG